UGAAUUAAAACACAACACUCGAUUUGUAAGCAGUUGAAAAUUACAGGAAGACUGAAAACAUGUAUUUUUCCUCUUGACGUGAAAUUCAUUAAGCAUGGAUUCCUUAAACGAUACUCGCUCAGACUUUAUAAAAGAAAAACACAACGAAACUAAUAAAGAUGCUAUUGAUGAGCAAACUCCUUUAAAAUCAGAGGAAAGUACUAAUGACAAAUCAAAACAUGAAGCCGAAGAAAGAAAACUUUCCAUAUUGGAAAGGCUGAGAAUAAUAAAAGCGAACAUAACAGUUGAGCCUAUUAUGGCGUGCUACAUAAUGCCUAGCGUACUUGCGUCCCUCGCAACGCAAAACUUGAACUUAGAAAAGGCUUGCCGUGUCAAUCUGAACUUUAGCGCCGAAGUUUGCGACGCGCUGACUAUGCGAGCGACGGAAAACUACACCCAAGAAGAGAUAGAGGUCCAAACGUUAACGGCUAGUGUUCAAGCAUGGAAAAAUAUUGUUCAAACUGCCAUACCAGUGAUGCUGAUACUAUUCGUCGGUGCUUGGAGUGACAAGACUGGGAAACGGAAAUCUUGCAUCAUGCUACCAAUUGUUGGAGAAUUUCUGACAUGUGUUGGCUUUAUCAUUAAUACGUAUUAUUUUUACGAGCUGCCAGUUGAAGUUGCAGCUUUAACAGAAGCCAUAUUUCCAGCUAUCACGGGUGGUUGGUUUACGAAUUUUAUAGGUGUAUUCAGCUACAUAAGUGAUAUAACGACGGUCGAAGAAAGAACGUAUAGAGUGGGCAUAGUGAAUUUAUGUAUGACCCUUGGAUACCCUAUAGGCAGUGCUCUGAGUGGAAUUCUUUUAACUUGGAUCGGGUAUUACGGAGUAUUUUCUUUAUCGGCGAUACUUUAUUUCUUUAGUUUAAUAUACGGUUAUUAUUAUUUGGAGGAACCUAAAACUGCGAAGCUUGAAAAAAAUGUAAAAAAAAAAGGACGCGGUUUCCUAAGGGAAUUCUUUGAUGUUUCACUCGUGUUAGACACAUUUAAAGUUGCCUUCAAAAAAGGGCCUGGAAACAGAAGGCUGAGGGUAGCUUUGCUUCUAAUCGCUGUGUGCGUUAUAUUUGGACCUAUGCAUGGUGAAUUCAGCGUUCUGUACCUGUUCGCUAGGUAUAGAUUCAAUUGGGAUGAAGUACAAUACAGUAUAUGGUCUACUUACUCGAUUGUGACGAAUUUAUUAGGUACGCUGUUCUCAAUAGCGCUAUUCAGUAAAUAUAUGAAUUUGGAUGACACUCUGCUUGGAAUUAUAUCGUGUACAAGCAAAAUUGUGGCUGCAUUUGGAUACGCAUUCGCGAAAACUAAUUUGGAAAUAUACUUGGUUCCCCUUCUUGAAAUCCUGAAUGGCACCUCAUUCAUUGCAAUGCGGUCAAUAGCUACGAAACUUGUUGAUGGCGAUGACGUCGGUAAAGUGAACUCCCUGUUUGGGCUAGCCGAAGCGACAAUGCCCUUAGUAUAUGGGCCUUUAUACUCCAGAGUUUACAUGGAAACACUAAAAGUACUUCCGGGAGCUGUAUUCCUAAUGGGAGCCCUGCUUACUUUACCGGCUAUCGCUAUAUUUGGGUGGCUGUAUUUUGAACAUAAAAAAGACAUUUUAAGAAAUGCUGCUACAAAGUCAACAGACGCUGAGAAGUGUUAACACAAGAGAGAAAUAUAAUAGUUGCUACACAGUAGUAAAAAACUUUUUUUUUUUAUAAAAAUACGUGCCAAGUGAACUGUGCAAUAGAACAGUGACAAUAACAAAAAUUGCACUUGUUUUAAUCUUUUUCGACUUUUGUAAUGGAUUGUACAUACUUACAUUAUCAAUAAUACCAACCAAAUGAACUUUUCGUACAAUAGUACAUGGCGGAAAACACAAAUUACGGAAAUAUACAGAUUUUUUAAUGGGUGGUAAUGGAAUGGUAACCCCGCUAUCGGUAUACGCUGGCGGGAUACCAGUGAGAGAAGAUAGAUUUGGGUGAAAACAAAUCAGUUAGCCCAUUGUGACGAAUUUCACAAGAAUUUACCAAGAUAGUUUCCAGGGGGGACCACCUGGAAGUCAACAUGAUAGGGUAUAUUGCUAGCAAUGUUAGAACCCUUAACAAUCUCUUUUCCUCAAGUCUCUUUUCUCUUUUCCUUAGUCCUCAGGAAUAGCUAUAAAUAGCUAUAACACUUAAAGAAUAUUACGAACGUAUUACGCCCAUUAUACGCGGAUGUAUACGUUUUAAAUACUAGGAUCGAUCCCGUGGCGCCAUCUCUCUAAACUUACUACUAAAAUUUCAUUUUCAAUUUGAUAUCACAACGAUAUAAAUUCCAAAUGAACUCAAUUUCCAAUAGUCAGAUCAGAUAUUUUAGUUGUCAUGUCAACAAAUUACUAUUAGUCAAAAUUAUAUCGAAAAAACUCGACUAGUUUCGGAAUCAAUUCGUGACCCUUAAUCAUGAGCGACUGUGAUUAUUACAGUAUUGUUAUUUAUUAUUGCGGUAGUUAUUACAUUAAAAUAUAAUCUAUGCUCACAAAACUUU